GUCCAGAACGUGGGCCACUACUCCGAGCGUCUCCGCUAUUCCGCGGCCCACGAGGCCCCCAUCAAGCCCCGGGGCUCUGCGUUGAAGUGUGCGGUCAGCGGCGGGGUCACCGCCUCGCCCCAGGACUCCGAGAUCCCGAAGGCCCCCUUCCCCGAGGUUCCUAAGUCCAUGUGCGACGGCGACUGGUCCCUCGUCAUGUCCCAGAAGUGGGCCCGGAAGGAGGCCCAGGUUGUCCUCGAGGCUCGCUCCCUGGUCCUUGCCGUGAAGCACAUCGUUCGGAGCACCCAGAACUUCGGUCGCAAGCAUUUGGUCCUGAACGAUUGCAUGGCCCCCAUCCUGGCCGUCACGAAGGGGCGAUCAUCGUGUCCAGGUAUGCUGCAGUGUUGCCGGCAGAUUGCGGCAUUGCUCGCCGCCUCGAACUGUUAUGUCGGCUGGAGGCCCUCCGCGAUGGCUUCGUCGGCGACAAUCUCGGCGGCGUGCCUGCAGCUGAUGCCGGUCGCCCUGGCCGCGCGCGCCGGGGGCCUGGCGGCGUCCAGCCCUCGCGGGCCGAGCGGCCGGCGCCCCUGCCGCGAGUGGGUGCCCCUCGGCCCGGGCGCGUCGGAGCAGCAGGCCGCCGCGCGGGCGUGGGCCUCCCCGACCGUCGCGGGCGCCCCGGUGACGGCCAGCGAGCCGUCCUUCCUCGAGCUGCAGAGCGUCACCCCGAAGGCCGCCGCCGACUACCAGUCGUGCGUGAAGAUUUGCCACGUGUGGUGCCUGCACCGCGGCGGGGUGGGCGAUCUGGCGACCCUCCUGACGUCGGCCCCAGACAUCGACCUCGCGCUCGCGACCUACAUGCAGGAGAAGUUCUGUCAGGGGGAGUUCGCGUACGUGCCGACCAAGCUCAUGGCGGGCCUCCGGUACUUCUGGACGUUCCCCCACGGGUGGCCGCUGGGGCUGCCCCGGAGCGCGCGAGCCCUUGCGGGCUGGAGGCGCAUGGCGCCCGCCCGGAGUCGCCUGCCAUGCCUCUGGAUCGCCCUCUGCCUGUGCAUGCAGCACAUGAUCGGGGCAGGCCUGGUGAUGGAGGCCGUCGCGUGCGCCAUCACGUUCGUUUUCUACCUCCGCCCGAGCGAGUGCCUGCGCCUGAAGGGGAAGCUGAGCACGCCUCCGGCUGCUGCAGGCCGUCGCCAACAGGGGGAUGCGAGCCAGAUGUGGUCGAUUCUCCUUCGCCCUCAAGAGGGGGGCGACGCGUCCAAGACGGAAUACGUGGACGAGAGCCUCUUGGCCGACGACCCGCUGUUCCCCUGGCCCCCGCAGGUGCCGGCAUCUCUCAAGGCAAAGUUCCCGAACAACGUGCUGGUAUUCAGCUUGGGCCAGGCUGCCUGGGGCCGUGCGCUGAAGACCGUGUCCGUCGCCGUCGGCAUGGGCGCCCUCGGCGAGCCGACUCUCUACCGCCUCCGCCGCGUAGGGGUGUCGCACGACCUCCUCUUCAAGGUGCGCCCGCUCCUGACCGCCAAGAAGCGCGGCCGCUGGGCGAGCGACCGCAGCCUCGUCCGCUACGAGAAGGGAGGGCGCUUCAACGAGCAGCUGAACGCCCUCGACCAGACCCUCCUGCUCGCCGCAGAGGAUGCGACCUCGAAGAUUGGCGUCGCCCUCGUGAGUGCCUGCCGCGCCUU